AUGCGGAGAGCACUUUCUACACCCCUACGAUCGCCUCGGUCAGCCUCGGCUACCGUCCAGGGUAUCCGUCGCUAUGCCAGCAGCUCAGAUGUGCUUGCCAAUGCUGUUCGCGCGGAGGCUCCGCGGUACGACUGGACGAAGGAGGAGAUCUCGUCCAUCUACCAUACGCCUUUGAUGCAGCUCGUCUACGAAUCAGCCACCGUGCACCGCAAGUUCCAUGAUCCUUCCGCCGUCCAGAUGUGUACCUUGAUGAACAUCAAGACUGGAGGCUGCAGCGAAAACUGCUCCUACUGCGCCCAGUCCUCCCGACACUCGACGGGACUCAAAGCCACGAAGCUCAGCACCGUAGACUCCGUCCUCGAAGCCGCCCGCAUCGCCAAGGAAAACGGAAGCAGCCGGUUCUGCAUGGGCGCCGCCUGGAGGGAUAUGCGCGGUCGCAAGUCCAACUUGAAGAACAUCGUCGAGAUGGUCAAGGGCGUUAGGGCCAUGGGCAUGGAGGCCUGCGUGACCCUCGGCAUGCUGGAUGGUGCUCAGGCGAAGCAGCUGGCUGAUGCGGGUCUCACUGCUUAUAACCAUAACUUGGAUACUUCUCGAGAGCACUACCCCAGCGUCAUUACUUCGCGAACCUACGACGAGAGGUUGCAAACGAUCGAGCAUGUUCGCGACGCCGGUAUUAAUGUCUGCACCGGAGGUAUUCUCGGUCUCGGCGAGAAGCAUGAGGACAGGAUCGGGCUCAUCUACGAAGUCGCCACGAUGCCCAAGCAUCCCGAAUCCUUCCCCGUCAACACCCUCGUAGCGAUCAAGGGCACCCCCCUAGAAGGUACCAAGGCCGUCGAGUUCGACUCCGUGGUGCGCACGAUUGCGACGGCGCGCCUCGUCCUGCCCGGCACCAUCAUCCGGUUAGCCGCCGGCCGCAUCACCAUGACGGAGGAGAAACAGGCCAUGUGCUUCCUGGCGGGAGCGAACGCCAUCUUUACGGGAGAGAAGAUGUUGACGACUGAUUGUAGCGGCUGGGACGAGGACAAGGCGUUGUUUCAGAAGUGGGGAUUAAAACCUAUGGAGACGGAGGUCGUCGUGGAAGAGGAAGCGUGGAUCGAGGAGGGAGAGAGGCGUGUUAGUUCUGGAUGA